UUCUAAGCCAGUGGCUCUGCAUCGACUCGCAUAGGCUGCGCUUGGUGUCUUAUAAUCAGUCCGAGACUCCUUGCCCUCUCGCUCUCCUCCGAUAUACCUCUCUCACUGUUCUUCUCUAUUGCACUUCUGCCCUUCCUCUCCAUAAUGUCCUCCAAUCCCCACCAUAACCCCUCCGAAGACAUGGACGAGGACGACCUCCUGGCCGCCGAGGACGCCGCCGAAGAGAUCCCCGAAGACGAAGAUCAACCCAUGGAUGAGGACCCCGACGAAGACGAUCUGGAAACACAAGAAGAACUGCAUUUUCAAAAUGACUCCUCCGCACACUUCGACGCUCACACGGACAGCAUCUUCUGCAUCGCACAGCACCCCUCUCGGCCCUCCAUCAUAGUAACAGGAGGCGGCGACGACGUGGCGUAUAUCUUUGACGCUUCUACCUCCUCAAUACCCUCGACGUCCGUACCCGUAGGCCAGCCCACCGAGCGCCCGUCGUUGCCCGUCCUGGCCAAACUCGAGGGCCACACCGACUCCGUCAACGCGGUAACAUUCACACAUCCACGCGGCGACUACGUCGUAACCGCUGGGCUCGACGGUAAAUUUCGUUCAUACACAUCGACCGACUCCAGCCACAAACACUGGACAUUCCUGGCCGAGACCUCCGAGGUCGAAGAAAUCAACUGGGUCUCCCCGUCUCCUAAUCCGCAACAUGAGAACGUGGUCGCCCUCGGCGCGAACGAUGGGUCCGUCUGGGUGUACCAGAUCAACGCCGCAGACAAAUCUUCGCCGUUGACAAUCGUCCACGCAUUCUACUUGCACACGGCGAGCUGUACGGCAGGCGCAUGGUCGCCGGACGGCAACUUGUUAGCGACGGUAUCUGAAGAUGGAAGUCUGUGUGUCUGGGAUGUCUUCGGCACGGGGCAGGCAGUGGUCUCUCUCACGGCGGCAGACCAGCGCUUCGAAGUUGAAGGCGGACUGUACAGUGUCGCGUGCACGAGUACGUUAUGUGCGGUUGGCGGAGCGGGCGGGAACAUCAAAGUCGUUGGCCUACCGCAGAUGAGCGACCAGGCCAAAAAGAAUACCAAAGGUGCGAAGGGCGGUGCGUCUGCAAAUCAGACCGCGAGUUCGGCAGGCCAGAUUCUGGCGUCGUUACAAGCGCAGAGCGAUGGGGUGGAGACGUUGUCUUUUUCGAGUCCUCCGUUGAAUUUACUUGCGGCGGGCAGUGUGGACGGGUCGAUAGCUCUGUUCGACACGGUACACCGGUUUGCUGUGCGGAGACAUAUCAAAGAGGCGCACGAGGACUAUGCCGUUGUCAAAGUGGACUUUGUCCGAAAUCCACAGCGUGGUGGGUGGAUCUUGACAAGUUGCGGGAUGGACGGCGUCGUGAGACGGUGGGAUGCACGCGGUGGCACGACAGCCGCCGGGCAGGGCUUCAUACAGGAGUGGAGGGGGCACAGAGGGGAAGGCGAGGGCGGAGGGGUCUUAGGCUUCGUGCAGGGCGGUGGUGGGAAUAGGAUUGUCACUGCUGGGGAUGAUGGGGUUGCCUUGGUGUUUAAGGCGGAUAUUGCGUGAACAGGAAGAAAUUGCGUGAAUGAUUCCUCAAUUCAAGAGUCUGCUUAUGGACCUGAU